CAGGUGGUCGUGACACCACACGAUCAACGAUCUGAGUUCUUCUUCUUCGCUCAUAUGCUAAUUCUGGUUGAACCUCCAAAGAAGCAUUUGUGAUUCUCGUAAGCAGCUGUUGAUACCCAAAUCUGAACCGAGACGGUUGGUGUAUGGAAGCUCCUGUACCGAUCCGCCGUGACUAGUGAGGAGGAGUUACUUUCUAUUCUGAUCAUCAUCAAUGGCGUCUUGGCUCAAAGCUGCCGAAGAUUUAUUCGAGGUUGUGGAUCGAAGGGCAAAGUCCGUGGUUGAAGAUCUUUCCGAGGAACAGUCCGAUUUGCAGGCGUCAGCUUCUGAUAAGAAAGGGUCUCAAUCGAAGAGAUUAAGUUCAAGGAGAAAGGCUCGGCAGAAACUUGUAAAAGAAGGAUCUUCUACUAAGAGUGAUCUUUCUGGUGAUCAGUCUGGACCAGGUGUGUCACAGUCAGAGGUGCCUCCAUCUAAAAGUUCUGUUUCCGCUGAAGAUGCCUCUUCAUCAGGGCCCGCCCUGCAGAGAAGAGAGAUUCAACCGACUGAGGCAGAUGUUCAGAGUGUUCAGUCACUUCCACAAUCAGCAGCAGACACAAAAAGUGAAGAUGCUGCUGUGGUACCGUCAGAAUCUGCUGCUGAGGCAACUCCAGGUAGCAAGAAUCCUGAUGGAGAUGUUCCAACUGACUCUUUGGUGCAACCGUUACCAUCUUUACCUGACAAAGAAAUUGAAGUCGUUGCCAGUGAGAACCUGGUUGUUGAUGCUACCAAGAAAGAUACACAAGGAGAGGUAGAAGAUUCUUCAAAAAGAGACCUCGAUAGACUGGAAUCUGCAGUACACGUUUCUCCUGUAGGCGAAGGGGAUGUGAUUCAAGCCACAGGUGAUGAGGCGAAAGAGAAAGUUGGCACCUCAAUCAAUUUGGAUAAAAAACAGGAACAGAAAGUUGCUGACGCCUCAACCAAUCUGGAGAUAGACCAAGAUCGUAGAGCUGGUACAACUUCCAUGAAGAUUCAAGAUCAACUUGAAGAGGCUCAGGGGUUGUUAAAAGCUACAGUUUCCACUGGGCAGUCGAAAGAAGCCAGGUUAGCAAGGGUUUGUGCUGGACUUUCAUCCCGUCUACAAGAAAUAAAGGCAGAAAAUGCACAGUUGGAAGAGCUUCUCACUGCAGAGCAAGAGCUUACCAAAUCAUAUGAAGCUAGCAUUAGACAGUUGCAAAAAGAUUUAUCAGCUUCCAAAACCGAACUGACGAAAGUAGAAUCAAGCAUGGUUGAGGCACUAGCAGCUAAGAACACAGAGAUAGAAGCACUUGUCAGCGCAAUGGAUGCCCUGAAAAACCAGGCUGCUCUGAACGAAGGAAAAGUGUCGUCUCUUCAGGCUGACAUGGAGUCUAUUAUGAGAAACAGAGAAUUGGCUGAGACUAGGAUGAUGCAGGCACUGCGGGAGGAGCUUGCAACUACUGAAAGGAGAGCCGAAGAGGAGCGUUCUGCACAUAAUGCCACAAAAAUGGCUGCCAUGGAAAGGGAGAGGGAGCUAGAGCACAGGGCUGUGGAUGCUUCCACAGCACUUGUUAGAAUUCAGAGAAUUGCUGAUGAAAGGACAGCGAAGGUGGCAGAACUUGAACAGAAGGUGGCCUUGCUUGAGGUCGAAUGCACAUCUCUGAAUCAAGAGCUGCAAGAUAUGGAAGUUCGUGCUCGCAGAGGACAAAAGAAAUCUCCGGACGAACCAAAUCAAGUGAUCCAGAUUCAAGCAUGGCAAGACGAAGUGGACCGUGCUCGGCACGGUCAAAGAGAUGCCGAGGAGAAACUUUCUUCGAUGGAGGCUGAAAUGCAAAAGGUGAGGGUUGAAAUGGCAGCCAUGAAGAGGGAUGCAGAACAUUACUCACGCCAGGAGCAUACAGAGCUGGAAAAACGCUACCGUGAACUAACAGAUUUACUGUACUAUAAGCAAACGCAACUAGAGACUAUGGCGAGUGAGAAGGCUGCAGCAGAGUUUCAGUUGGAGAAAGAGGUUAAACGUCUACAGGAAGCACAGGUAGAGGUAGAAAAAAGCAGAGUUCCUCGACGUCCAUCAACAACUUGGGAAGAAGAUUCUGAGAUCAAGACACUUGAGCCUCUUCCAUUGUAUCACCAACACAUGGCUACAGCGAGGACACAGUUGCAAAACGCAGUGAAGCUGUUAGACUCAGGAGCUGUAAGGGCCACGAGGUUCCUUUGGCGGUACCCGAUAGCUCGGAUUCUCUUGCUUUUUUACCUUAUCUUUGUUCACCUCUUCUUGAUGUAUCUAAUACACCGGCUACAGGCGCAAGCGGAAGCCGAAGAAGUAGGGGAUUCAAUGGGCCUGACCAACAACGUUUUCAGACCAUAACAGGUUCUAUAAGGAGAUCAAUGAAUGGGGUUUCCAAGUGACCAAAGAACUUACGUAUGAAUUGUCUUAGAGAAGGUUUUGAACUUUUUUAUACAGAGGCUGCUUGUCACGAUUUAAUUAGCAGCAGUUUUUUUUUCUGUUUGUUUAUUCAAGGAAGUUUCCUCUUAACCGUUGGGAAGUGAAGAACAUAAUGUUUGUAAAUGACUACAUGGGGUUUAUAUAACGUACGCUUGAAUACCUC